UAGGUGCAGUCGCCCCGGGAAGCCCCCCCUGGCUCACUCGCUUUUACUGGGCGGCGGGAAGAGUUUCUCUACAGCCUUGCCGCACUCUGGAACUCGAGCCCAGAAGACAGUGGACGCUGGCGGGGACACCAGCGAGCGCCUGACCUGGCGAGCCCCGGGCAGGGCCGGCGGAGACGCGGCGUUCGGGCGGGUCCGGGAGGGGUGACUGCGCCCCGCCCCCCAUCCUGCGGUCCCAGGGACGCUGUCGCCUAGCAACCGCCUCCCUAGGGACUGUCCACACAGCAGGCCCGACGCUCCGCACUGGCGCGGGCAGGACCCAUGGAGGGAGACGACAAGCCGCAGGGAGAGGGGGCACACCCAGUGGUGCUCAGGGGCUUACUCCUGUUCUGGGUUCAGGGAUCAGCCGGCAGAGCUGGGGGGACCAUCUGGGGCGAUGAGGAGAGAAGCCGGGUGAAUGCAUGCAAGGCAGGCCCUGUACUCGCGUCCGCCCUCCACAAUCUUUGCUUUCAAACAAUAUAACAUAGAAGACCCUGCUACAACUGGGGAAAAAGAAGAAAUAAAACAUGAAAAAGAAUCUGAAAAGAACAUACAAAAUUUAAAAUCAUGUGCCAGGAGAGGACGUAUACAUUAUGCUAAGUUCAUUAACACAAAUGCGAGAACAAUCAACGAACCUGUUCCCUACAUGGAUCCCAAAAUGGGUACAGAAAAGCAGGGUGAGUGGUUGUCACAUGAUAAACGACUAGAACGUUCCUUUCAGCCACGUUAUGACACUACGAGUACUCAGAGGACUCACUUCCAAAAACCAACAUGCCCGCUGGUCUUGCCAAUCAAAUACAGCAAGUUGCAAAAACCUUCUUGUGGAAUCGUGCCACUUGCUUUACUGGAUGCAUCAGAACUUCAAAAUAAAUUUAUAGAACGUAUCUCCUUCAUACAUCAAUAUGAUUCCAGGAAAACACCCAAUGAACCUCUCUGGGGGAAGCGACAUGGAGCUUUCGUGCAGACAGAGAUCAAAGCAAGGAACAGACCAACAGCUCCCAAGGGAACAGAAGGCUUACUGACUACUGCAGAGCCAGGCUCAUCAGAACAGCCACCCGAAACAGAAAGAAAACUGAGUGGAGAGCAAAAUGACCUCAAAGGUCUCUGCUGAUCCAAGGGGCUUUGGAG